UAUGAAUCUUAUCCUGCAGCCGAUCCGUCUCCUUCUCCUUGACCAUUUUGCAUCUCUCUGCACUGUCUCCUCUCGCUAUCGACGGAAAAUGGGUUCCCACAUCUAGGGUUCGGUGGAGUUUUGUAGGCUUGGGAGCGAUGUUUGGAAGCAAUUAGGGCCAGGGUUUGCUUUCCUCCGAUCUCGUCUCUUCGAGCUUGGAGAUGGCGACGACGAGGCCUCCGACCUCGGCCGGCGACGCCGCGGUCGAUCCAACCCCCCUUAUUGAGCGCCGCGGCAGCGGCCGCCGCCUUACCAGGCGGCGGAGCCUCCGCGGCGCCGCCCGGUUCCUCCGGCGGGCGAGCGGCAGGCGGUUGAUGCGGGAGCCAUCGGUGCAGGUGCGGGAGACGGCGGCGGAGCAGCUGGAGGAGCGGCAGACGGACUGGGCCUAUUCUAGGCCCGUGGUGUUUCUCGACAUCCUGUGGAACCUCGCGUUCGUGAGCGUCGCCGCUGGGGUGUUGGUCCUGAGCCGGGACGAGAGACCGUCGAUGCCUCUAAGACUAUGGAUUGUGGGUUACGUACUCCAGUGCGUGCUUCAUGUGAUCUGUGUGUGUAUCGAGUACCGGCGGAGGCACCCGCCUCGCGGGGAAGUGAUGGAUGUUGAAGAGGGUGGGAGUCUGGGCGGAAGGAGCUCGGGAUCGAAUUUGCCGCGAGAGGUGGGAGAAGCUGCUGAUGCUGAGCAGGGUCACGGUGAAGCGAGGACAAGCAUUACAAAACAUCUGGAGUCUGCAAACACAAUGUUUUCCUUUGUAUGGUGGAUUAUUGGAUUCUAUUGGAUAUCUGCUGGAGGCCAAGUCCUGACUCGUCAUGCACCCCAGCUUUACUGGCUUUGUAUAGUUUUUCUAGCAUUUGAUGUGUUCUUUGUCAUCUUUUGUGUUGCUCUGGCAUGUGUUGUUGGUGUUGCUGUCUGUUGCUGUCUGCCUUGCAUCAUUGCAAUCUUAUACGCUGUGGCAGAUCAGCAGGCAGGAGCAUCUGAAGAGGACAUCCGCCAGCUUCCAAAAUACCAAUUCCGUAAGAUCAGCGACUCUGAGAAACUUGUGGGUGGGAUAUCAGGUUCCUUUGGUGGAAUAAUUACAGAGUGUGGUAGUGAUCCACCCAUUGAGCAUGUUCUUUCUGGGGAGGAUGCUGAAUGUUGCAUCUGCCUCUCAGCAUAUGAUGAUGGAGUUGAGCUGCAUCGACUUCCUUGUGGCCACCAGUUUCACUGUGCCUGCAUAGAUAAGUGGCUGCUCAUCAAUGCCACAUGUCCACUCUGCAAAUUCAAUAUUGUAAAGAGCAACAGCCAUGGGAGGGAGGAGGUAUAGGUACAUGGUCGCUUAACGAGGUUCCAGCAUCUUCGGGUUGACUUGUUCCAUGUGCUCCUAUGAUAUCACUGGUAUCAGCAAAGUUGGGUAGCGCAUAUGUCGGUAUAUCUGUGUGUGUUUGGUUGGGUGGAACUUCGGUUUUUGAGUCCAUUGCCCAUUAUUUGGGAGUAAUGUUUUCCGAUAUUGGCCAUAUACAGAAUGUGUUGGCGAACGUGCAUCACCAUAAUUAUUCGGCCUUCUUCAUGAUAAUUGGUCUCUCUGUUGUAGAAGAAAUUUUGACAAAUUUGAAAAUGGUAAAAUACUUGUCAGUAGGACUG